CCUCUGUCCAUUCUUUACACUCUGCGCCUUUGUCGCGUUGCAACCCCCCAUUGUACAUCUCCCACAUCAGAAGCCAUUGUGCGUUGCCAAAAUGUCGGCGGAGAAAGUCGGCGAGCAGGCGACGAGCUCUUCGCUGUCGAGCGGGGACCUCGGCAACACCACCGUCAAGUCUGAGCGUGGAAUUUUGGCCGAACUGCGUGCUUUCGAAUCCAGUAUGGACGCAAAGUUGGGCAUUGAAUCUGAUGCCAUCACCCGGAAGCUGCCCGAGGAGAAGGCAGCCGUCCCAUGGCACCACGAACUUACAAUGUUUUUCCUCUGGGCCUCUGGAACCAUGAACACGUCCUGUUUCGCGACUGGAUUUCUCGGCUGGGAGUUUAAAUUAACUCUUAAGCAGUCGAUUGUCAUCACCAUUUUUGCGUCUAUCUUGGGUGGAGCUGCGACAGGUUUCGCAGCCACUUUUGGUGCUCCCACUGGCCUCAGACAGAUAUCCGUGUCACGUUACGCGUUCGGAUGGUGGCCUAACAAGGUUAUUGCGGCUCUCAACACCAUUGUGCAGAUUGGAUGGGCUUCUGUGGCUUGUAUCACAGGAGGGCUCGCAUUGACUGCUGUCGCGGAUGGCCAUAUCUCCUUGAUCGUCGGCAUAGUCAUCCUUGCAGUAGUUGCCACUAUCAUCUCAUUCAUCGGUCUGAAGGCUAUCUUGAUCUACGAACGCUAUGCGUGGUUCGUAUUCUUCAUUAUUUUCAUGAUCUUCUUUGGAAUGACCGGCAAAUACACCGACAACUCGACGCACACCGAACUCAAAGGAGCAAAUCUCAGCGGUCAGGUACUAAGUCUGAUUGCUAUCGUCUAUGGUAGCUCCGCGUCGUGGCAAACCAUGGCAUCGGACUACUAUGUUCACUACCCAGUGAACGUCUCUCGCCUUAAAGUCUUCCUGAUGACAACCUUCGGAAUUGCCAUUCCAACAUCAAUUGGCAUGAUUGCAGGCUGUGUUGUCUCUUUCGGAUUGAACAACCGACCCGACUGGAGAGAAGUUUACGAAAACGAUGGACUAGGGUUCCUCAUCCAGACCAUGAUCCAUCCACGAGGCUUUGCAAAAUUCAUUCUCACCCUGCUCGUCCUCUCCGGUAUCAACGUCAAUGUCAUCUCCAUCUAUAGCGCUGCUAUCUCCUGCCAACAAUUCGCCCGUCCAUUCGCCAGAGUACCGCGCUUUAUCUGGAUCUUCCUGUGCUUUGCCGCGAUUCUUGGGUUGGCUGUUGGUGGCCGCGAGAAGCUGAACACCUAUCUUCAGAACUUCCUCAGCUUGCUUGGGUACUGGUGCACUCAAUAUUUUGUCAUUUUGUUCAGCGAACACGUCAUCUUCCGGAAGAUGAACUUCGCAAACUAUGAUCUCGAUGCCUGGAAUGACCCGAAACGUUUGCCGGUUGGUAUCGCGGCUGGUGUAGCUUUCGCUAUCGGGAUAAUUGCCUGGGUGAUGGGAAUGGUAGAAACAUGGUAUGUGGGGCCUUUGGGUAAGCUCAUCGGAGAUGGCGGCGGUGACAUUGCCAACGAGUUCACUUUCGUCAUUACAGCGCUGGUAUAUAUCCCAGCAAGGUUCUUGGAGAAGCGCAUCAUCGGGAGAUGAUGAGGCUAGCAAAAUGUACUGAGAUUACACUGAAAUGCGCAGUAUUAUACGAU